AUGAUUUCAAUGCAAUUGACGGUUGGUUAUUGCGAUGGAAAACAAGACAAAACAUUAAAUUUUAAAGCGCACGGUGAAAAGGGCAGUGCCGACAAGGAAAGUUCCAAACAGUGGAAAACUACGAAAAUUCCUACUUUUUUAGAGAAUUUUUGUGCUGAUGACAUUUACAAUGCUGAUGAAACCGGCCUCUAUUAUCGUGCUACGCCAGACGGUUCCUUAUGCUAUAAACACAUUGCACUGACUGGUUAUAAAAAGGUGAUGGACCGCAUUACUGUGUUAUGCUGUACGAAUAUGUCAGGUUCUGACAAACGAAAGCUACUGAUCAUAGGAAAAAGUGAUGACAUUGAUGCUUUAAGGGGUUGA